CUGGCCCUCUCUGCACGCACAGGUGCAUGAAGAGAAUAUAUAGAGGCGGAGGGAAAGCACCCACUUUAGAGUCUGCUGCGGGUUGCGUACGAACGCCCAGCCGGGUUUAAGCCACUCUGCCGUGGGUUGUUGGCUCUCCAGCCCAGUGUCAACGGGAUGCCCUGGUGGACCCUGUUGAUUGGCAGACGACCAACACGAUCAUGCCGUGUCCAAGUUACAGCUGGUUCCUCCUCUUUGACCCCUGACCCUCCGAGUCGUGAAGUCAUGAAGCACAACACCUUGUCCAGUCGCCGUAAAGGGACCAACCCCAAACGACGAGGCCCCAUACCACCGCCCCCCAGCUCGCCGCGGCCCCCCAGGCGCAGUGGACCCCCAAGUAACAGGAGCGGACCCUCAAGAGCGCCCCCUGGAGGGUCUCCGCGGAAGACGAGGUACUGUCCUGGGGUCAAAGCGCUCAAUGAAAUUGGCAAAUACCAGAAAAGCACCAACCUGCUGCUGCGCAAAGGCCCCUUCGCCCGUCUGGUUCGUGAAAUCUGUCAGAGUUUUACCCAAGUGUCUUACCAGUGGGAGGUCAAUGGUCUGCUGGCUCUGCAGGAGGCUGCUGUUCUUGGUGAUGCUGUUUUCAGACGCUAACCUCUGUGUGAUUCACGCCAAAAGAGUGACUGUGCUCGACAUUCAGCUCACCCGACGCAUCCGCAGAGUCGAAGACCUCUAAGUCUUGUUCUAGCGUUGUUCCCUAUAGAUGCAUGUUUGAUUCAUUUUGUCAUUUCUCCUGGG